GUCUAACUCUGGGAAUGCCUGGGCGGCCAGUCCCUGCUCCAGAGGCAGGCGCCGGCCGACGGCGCGCGCUGGGGGCCUCCGGCGCGGCCCUGCUGGCGGGCGCCGGGCCGGCAGCCGCGGGGGCUCGGAGCCUGGCGAGCAAGAUCCAGGCGGGGGACAUGGAGGUAGGCUUCUACAAGAUCACGAACAUCAACACGGCCAACAUGGACGAGUACAGGCAGUUCCCCCGGGUCUACCCCGCGUGCGCGGCCCUCAUCAGCCAGAGGGCCCAGAGGAAGCCUUUCAGCAAGGUGAGCGACAUCUUCGACAUCGACGACGCGCCAGACGGGUUUGAGGCCAUCAUGGCGAAAUACGUGAAGUAUCUGACCGUGGACCCCUCGGAGGCAGGCAAGAAGGUUCCGAACGGUCUCGGCUGAGUCCUGGAGCCUCUCUCCCUCCCCCUCCCCCUCCUGACGACGUGGGGGCUCUCUUCGGAUCUACCUGCUCCUUGCUCUGACGCCGUCAGCGCAUAGACGCAGGGCCAGAACGCUCUGCAAAGGAGCGCUGGCGAUAGAGAGCGUGAGAUUUUCGCAGCCUUCUCCGCAGUGGAAGAAAACCAUCGAGGCUUCGCAUACCCACCAACCCAGACGGUGUAUGGCAUGGAUUGGACAAUUCGUCCUUCAGAAUGCUCUUGCGAGCAGCUCGCUCUGCUGGUUCCCAGUCUGGCGAAGACCAAGCAGUGGUCAUUCCACGUUUGACGUUUGCUCUCCGCAACAGAGCUACUGCUGUGCACUUGUCCAGCAUGGUGCCAUAUUCAACGAACACACAUGUUUUUGAAAUCGUCUUUGGCGUAAAUAGUUGUUGGGAUAGUUAGGGCCGCUCAUCGUGGACAACUUCUUCCUGAGAAAAGCUGCUGCCGCCGCGUCGGUAUCGAAGCCGUCCAAAUUUCCAGCAAUUGCAGUAAUUGCGUGUUCUUCCAGUGUAGUGGUAGCUAUCUGCAGGAUUGGGAGUUCCUAGAACAUGAUCUCGGAUUGAUCUUAUCGAAGCGUUCGUUCAUCUCGUUCUCCAUGGUGGUGGCACGUAUGUGGAUGUCUCCAAUAUCGUUGGACACUGUGUUUUGCAAAUCCUCGAACUUGGUGGAUAUUUCGUCGAUUUGGGCUUUGAGCCGUUAUGUAGCUUCUUCCACGUCCAGGUGCCCGUCAGGGCGACCUGGAAUAGGAAUGCGAAGCGAUACUGUGUUGCUCUGCCUCGAAGCCACGAACAGCUGCUUGACGGGGGCACCUGAAGCAGGCAUGGGUGUGGAAUCGAAGUGUGGGA